GCCGCGGCCGGCACCAUGACAGUGACCCUGCGCAGCAGCCGGGAGCUGCCCUCAAGGCCUGAUGGGGUGCUGCGCGUGGCUCUGCCCUCUGUGCUCACCCCGUUGGCCCUGCAAGGCCCGCUGGGGCCCCCCAGGCCUCCGGGGCUCUGUGAUGACAGCCCUACCAGCUGCUUCGGGGUGGGCAGCCCUCAGGAGGAAGGGCUGGCCUGGGAGGAGCCAGCUGCCCCUCCGGACGUGUUCUCAGGCCCUGCCCGCUGCCCGGCCCCAUACACCUUCUCCUUCGAGAUGCUGGUGACUGGGCCGUGCCUGCUGGCAGGCCUGGAGAGCCCCUCUCAUGCUCUGCGGGCAGAUGCGCCCCCUCAUGCCAGCUCCGCAGCCACCAUCUGUGUCACAUUGGCAGAGGGCCACCGCUGUGACCGGGUCUUGGAGAUCCUGCUGCACCCUAGUGAGCCCCACCAGCCGCACCUGAUGCUGGAGGCCGGCAGCCUGAGCUCAGCAGAAUAUGAGGCCCGGGUGAGGGCCCGCCGGGAUUUCCAGAGGCUGCAGAGAAGGGACAGUGAUGGGGACCGGCAGGUGUGGUUCCUGCAGAGACGCUUCCACAAGGAUAUCCUGCUGAACCCCGUGCUGGUGCUGAGCUUCUGCCCAGACCUGAGCUCCAAGCCUGGACAGCUGGGCUCAGCUACGCGGGAGCUCCUCUUCCUAUUGGAUGGCAGCAGCAUAGCACACAAGGAUGCCAUUGUUUUGGCUGUGAAGUCGCUCCCGUCCCAGACGCUCAUCAACCUGGCCAUAUUUGGCACGUCAGUGCAGCCCCUCUUCCUAGAGAGCCGGCCUUGCAGUGAUGACACUGUGCAGCUAAUCUGUGAGAGCCUUGAGACCCUGCAGGCUGUGAGUGGUCCCCCAGAUGUGCUGGCUGCGCUGGACUGGGCCAUGGGGCAGCCCCAGCAUAGGGCCCACCCUCGGCAGCUGUUCCUGCUCACUGCUGCUUCGCCCAUGGCCACUGUUACCCACCAAACCCUGGAGCUCAUGAGGUGGCACAGGGGGGCAGCCAGGUGCUUCUCCUUUGGGCUGGGGCCCGCCUGCCACCAGCUGCUCCAGGGUCUGUCUGCCCUCAGCAGGGGCCAAGCCUACUUCCUGAGGCCUGGGGAGAGGCUGCAGCCCUUGCUGGUGCAGGCUCUGCGGAAGGCACUGGAGCCCGCUUUGAGUGACAUCUCUGUAGACUGGUUUGUGCCCGACGCAGUGGAGGCACUACUGACCCCCCGGGAGAUCCCAGCACUCUACCCUGGCGACCAGCUGCUGGGUUACUGCUCACUCUUCAGGGUGGAUAGCUUCCGGCCCCGCCCUCCCAGGGGCCAAGAGCCUGGCUGGCAGAGCUUAGGUGGCUCCGUGUUCCCGUCCCCAGAGGAGGCGCCAUCUGCCACCAGCCCUGGCACUGAGCCCACUGGCACCUCGGAGCCACUGGGAACAGGCACUGUGUCAGCAGAGCUGUCCAGCCCAUGGGCUGCGGGGGACUCAGAGCACAGUACUGACGCUCUGACAGAUCCAGUCACCGAUCCUGGACCCAACCCCUCCUCUGACACAGCCAUAUGGCGCCGCAUCUUCCAGUCCUCAUACAUCCGGGAGCAGUAUGUGCUCACCCACUGCUCUGCCAGCCCCGAGCCAGGCCCAGGCUCCACAGGCAGCAGCGAGUCCCCUGGUUCCCAGGGCCCUGGCUCCCCUGAGGGCAGUACUGCCCUGCAUCCCCCUUCUCAGCAGGGCUGCCGCAGCCUGGCUUGUGGAGAACCUGCAGGCUCUCGCUCCUGCCCCCUGCCUGUACCCCCACUCACUCCAGUCAAGGCUGGAGCCUUAAGUGCUGAGGUGCUGGGCCGUCGAUGCAGAGUGGCUCUGGCUGGCCGAAGCCUCUCAUCACCCCCAGGCCGGGUGAACCCAGUUCCCGGCUGCCCCCGGCAUCCCUCUCUGGGUGCAGCCCCAGAUGGGCCGGGCCCUGAGCCAGGGCAGCAGCUGGGACAGGGCUUGGAUGACUCAGGAAACCUGCUCUCCCCAGCCCCCAUGGACUGGGACAUGUUGAUGGAACCACCCUUCUUGUUCACAGCUGUGCCCCCCAAUGGGGAGUCGGCCCCUGCAGCAGUGCCACUGGCUCCCCUCACUCCACGCUGCCAUGUGGUGAUCCGGGCCCUGUGUGGGGAGCAGCCUAUGUGCUGGGAGGUGGGUCUUGGGCUAGAGACACUAUGGGGGCCUGGGGAUGAUGGCUCGCUGUCUCCGUCACCCCCUGAAAGAGAAGGUGCUUGGGACCAAGCACUUCAUCGGCUGACAGCAGCUUCCUUGGUCCGGGACAAUGAGCAGCUGGCUCUCCGAGGAGGGACCGAGACCAUGGCUGACCGGGGCCAUGCCCGGAGGUCCUGGCUCCGAGCCCUUCAGACAAGCAAGGUCAGCUCUGCCCCCUCCUGCUUCACCUGCCCUGUAGCUGUAGACGCCACCACUAGGGAGGUCCUGCCCUCAGCCCUGCAGGUGCGGAGCUCAGAGCCAGCAGAGCCCCCAGGCACCCCUCCUGCCUCUCAGGACCGCCAAGACGCAGCUCCUCUGCCCGCAGUUGUCCACUCUAAAGGACCGCACGGAGGCUCUCUGGCAGGCGGAUGGGACCAGGACCUAAAUGGCAACUCCAAGCCUGCUUCAGGGGCCCCUGCAGCCCCCACCAGAGGUCUUCAUCGCCCACCUCCCCAGCCUCCCUCCAGGCUCAGUCUGGGCCGUCGGAAAGUCAGAGGCCCAGACAGCCGUAAACUCUGCAGCCCCAACAUGGGUCAGGCCAGUGACGGCAAGAGUGAUGGCAGCGACCAUGACUAUCUGCCCUUGGUGCGGCUGCAGGAGGCGCCGGGCUCCUUUCGCCUGGACGCCCCCUUCUGCGCGGCGGUGCGCAUCCCGCAGGAGCGCCUGUGCCGCGCCUCGCCCUUCGCUGCGCACCGCGCCAGCCUCAGCCCCACCUCGGCGUCAUCUCCCUGGGCACUUCUAGGUCCUGGUGUCGGCCAGGGUGACAGCGCCACGGCCUCCUGCAGCCCAUCCCCGAGCUCGGGCUCCGAGGGUCCAGGCCAGGCGGACAGUGGGCGGGGCUCAGACACGGAGGCCUCGGAGGGAGCGGAAGGGCCCUGUGGUGCCGACCUGCGGGGCCGGACCUGGGCCACGGCUGUGGCGCUCGCGUGGCUGGAGCACCGCUGUGCAGCCGCCUUUGGCGAAUGGGAACUGGCAGCAGCUAAGGCCGACUGUUGGCUGCGGGCUCAGCACCUGCCUGACGGCCUCGACCUGGCUGCCCUCAAGGCCGCAGCCCGGGGUCUCUUCCUGCUGUUGCGCCACUGGGACCAGAACCUGCAGCUACACCUGCUGUGCUACAGCCCAGCAAACAUGUGAGGGCUGCGUGUUGCUCAGGCUGGCGCCCCCCAACAGUCGCAAGUCACUGCCACCCAGGGCCGGCUUCUUGGUGCUGGGAAGGGGUGGGCUGGUGACAGCCUGCCCCCCACUGCUUCUCAUUCCUUUCCCAGAA